UUCUGACACUUUGUUUUGUGAUUAAAUAUCAGAUUUUUGCCCCUUUUUGCAAGUAAAUUUAUUUGAACAAUAAACCUUUGUUGUCAUCAAAAAGUGCACAAAGUUCCUCCGAUAAAAGUGCAAAAUUGGAAACUUCGUGACAGCUCAUCGCCGAAUUUCAAUAAACGAAAAAUUUGUAAAAAAUUUGCGAGACGUGAAAAAAAUCCCAUAAAAACAAAAAGAGGGACAAUAUGGAACUCAUCCAAACACCGAAGGUCGAAAAUGUUCGGAUGGUCGACAGAUACAACACGAAAAAUCCAUCGUUGGGAACUCUCUAUUUAACCGCCACGCAUUUAAUUUUUGUCGAUCCUGAAAUUAACAAAGAAACAUGGAUCCUUCACAUGCGAAUUGCGAGUGUCGAACGUCUCCCUCUAACAACCACCGGAUCUCCUCUCUUAAUCCGUUGCAAGAAUUUCUUGUCAGUUACUUUCAUCGUACCAAAAGAGCGUGAUUGCCACGAUGUCUACCAAACGUUGCAGAAACUUUGCCAACCGGUAAAAUACGAAAAUCUCUACUGUUUCCAAUACCAAUCGCGCACCGACGAUUUACCAAAGACGGCUGGCUGGGAUUUUUUCCGCCUCGAAAACGAGUUUAAACGAAUGAAAGUGCCAAAUUCCGAAUGGACUCUGUCGACGUUGAAUCAAAAUUACGAACUUUGUGAUACGUAUCCGAAGCAAAUUUACGUUCCGGCGCUCGCUUCAACGGCGAUGCUUUUGGGCAGCAGUCGUUUUCGUUCCAAAGGUCGUUUGCCGGCUUUGACGUAUUUGCAUCCAAACAAGGCGUCGAUAAGUCGUUGCAGUCAACCGCUAUCCGGAUUUUCGGCUCGUUGUUUGGAAGAUGAGCAACUUUUGGAGGCAGUUCGAAAGACAAAUCCGAAUUCGAAUUACAUGUAUGUUGUUGAUACGAGACCCCGGAUUAAUGCGAUGGCAAAUCGAGCAGCGGGAAAGGGAUAUGAGAACGAAGCUUUUUACGAAAAUACCAAAUUUCACUUUUUGGGCAUUGAGAAUAUUCAUAUCAUGAGGGCGAGUCUUCAGAAGUUGGUUGAAACUUGUGAACAAAAAUCCCCCACAAUGUCGAGUUUUCUCUCAUCACUCGAGUCCUCGGGUUGGUUGAAGCACAUUCGCGCGAUUUUAGACACAAGCAGUUUCAUCGCCAACGCCGUCGACAAAGGCACCUCUGUCGUCGUUCACUGUUCCGACGGUUGGGAUCGUACGGCACAAGUUUGUUCCCUCGCCGCCGUCAUGCUUGACCCUUAUUAUCGCACCAUCAAAGGUUACCAAGCACUCAUCGAGAAAGAUUGGCUCGCCUUUGGACACAAAUUCAGCGAACGCUGCGGUCACAUUCAAACUGAUCCGAAGGAAGUUUCGCCCGUUUUCACGCAAUUUCUCGAAGGCACGUGGCAAUUGAUGCAGCAGCGCUUCGACGCCUUCGAAUUUAACGAGAGAUUUUUGUUGACGUUGCACGACAACGUUCAAAGUUGCCAAUUCGGGACUUUUAUCGGAAAUUGCGAAAAGGAUCGCUUGGAUUUGCGUUUGAGCGAAACGACUUAUUCGUUAUGGGGACACAUGUCGAACCACUUGAACGAGUAUGUGAAUCCGCUUUAUCGCCCGGAAAUGGAUGAAACAGUUUUGCCCGACUUGGCACCGCAAAAUAUCAAAUUUUGGCGCGGAAUGUACAACAGAUUCGAAGAAGUUCAUCCCCGGGAACCGAUUGAAGACAUUUUGAGCACGGUUCACGAUCAUUGCACUUCCUUGGAGGAUCACGUGCAAUUUUUGACGAAACGAAUUUCGGGCAUUAAAUCAAUGAUUUCGAAAAGUUCGCAGAAAAUCUUGCAAAAUACACGAUUUGGCGCCGAUGUAAAAGCUCCUGAAGUCAAUGAUAACAAAUACAAUUACGACAAAAAGAACGUCAGAAGUUGCGCUAAUGAUGAUCAUCCCUUGAAAGGCGACACAUUUUCCUUUGCGAAUUUAUCGGUUAGCGAGAAUCAGGAUGAAGGAGAAGCAAGUCCAAGUGCAGGAAGUUGCAGUAAUAGCGAUAUUUUGGAUAAUAAUGUGCGCGAUAUAGCCAAAGAAUUGGAUUCGGUUGCCGUGGAUUGGAAAUCGUUGAGGAGUGUGACAGUUUGUCCCUGUUCAACGCCCUUUGAUCAGUUUAAUCGGAAGACCCAUUGUUGGCGCUGCGGCGAAGUAUUUUGCACGAGAUGCAUCGACAAAAGUAUCCCCCUACCUGGACAUGACAGUAUGGAGCCUCGACCUGUUUGUCGUGCUUGCUUUAAGCUUAUAUCUGAUGCAACGCCAUCGUAAAUUAAAAUUAAAUUUAAAAAAAUUAAAAAAAAUAUUAAAUAUUGUGUUACAAUUUUAGUAAAAAAAAAAACUACAAAAAAUCACAACUUUAACUAAAAAAUCUCAUUUUAUGAAUUUAUUUAAUUUUUUUUUUCACUAAAAGCUAUUUUUAAUUUUUAUUUAAAUACACAGGGAAUUUUUUUUUAUUUUAUGAAAAUGUGAUAAAAAAAAUUAUUUAGAAAAAUUUUGAGUUUGAACAUUCCUUUAAUUAUGAAAUCAGUGAAAAAAAAGUAUUUAAAAAUAAUUAAAAAUAAAUUUAAAUCAGGUUCAGGUAAAAAAAACCUUCAAAAGGUGUGAAGAUAUUAUAUUCUAAUCUAAGUGAAUUCAGUCAGUAAAGAAAAAAAAAAUUAAAAAAUAUUUAAUGUACAGCUUCUAUUGCUUGUUGUUCAUCUUCUUCUUGUUUCAGAAUUUCAAAACAAAAAAAAAAUAAAAAUUUUUACAAACACAAAAUAAAUAAUAUUUUAUGAUAUGACAAAAAAAAAUGUUGCAGUGUGCUUCAAUGUGCAAAAAAUUGCCUCUAAUUGAGUGUAUCUAGUUGAUGUAUGAGAGAGAUAUGAAAUAAUUUUAAUAAAUGGCGAGCACCAAAUGUCAUAUUUAUGAAAAAAUAAAAAAAAGAAACAUGAAAAUAUUUAAAUAAAUUACAAAAAAAAGUUAGAAAAUAAAAGUUUACUUGAAGAAAAUUCAAUAAAAAAU